AAAAAUGUUGCAAGAACAAAAAAAAAAAAAAAGUGUAAUCGAAGAAGGAAAAAAAAGUCUUCCUGCCCGGUCCUGCUCUCUAUAUCUGAUGGUUGCUAAAUCAGCGAAGCAGCGUUCUCCCAUCGAGACAUUUAUCAACAAUGUUGUGGAGAAGCCGCAAAUAUUUUUCGUAGCUGAUGAAAAGAUUGCUCAUCAAGCUCUCGGGAUCGCAAAGCACUUUUAUGACACAGCCAAAUCACACGAACCAAUGGAGUUUGCGCCAUUUCCAGAACUUUUGACAGAAGGCUUCGAUAACGAUCAAAUCUGGGAGGAAAUUGCAACACAAAAUGAACCCUUCUUAGAUUAUGCCAACACCAUUCUAAGUGAUUUUCAAAGACAAAGUCGGCAGUCCAAAGUCCCAGUUACAUCGACAGAUAAUCUCGAAGAAAGCGAACCUGAAAUGACAUCCGAUCAUUCCAUGUUGCUAGACGACGAUAAUGACGAAACCAUGUUUGAUUCCAGUGCAGAAUACCAUGACGACGAAGACGAAGAAAUGGCAUUGGAUUCAGCUAAUGAAAUGGAGCAAGAUGACGAGAAUGAGGAAGAUAUUGAACAAAAAGAUGAAGAGGACGACGAAGAGGCCGACUUGGAUGAAGAAGAAGAAACAUCGAGCAGUCCUGUGAAACAAUCUGAAGUGGAUGAUGAGUUUUUCAACCUGGAAGAAUUCAACAAGUGGACCGAAGAACAAGAACGAUUAGACAUGAUGUCGGAUCGAGAAGAUGAGGAAGAUGAUGAAGAAAUUGAUUUCGAGGCUGACUUGGAUGAAGAUGAAGAGGCAGAUGAAGAAGAUAUGGCGGACGUAGCAGAUAUCACUUUUAAAGACUUCUUUGUCGCACCCACAAAAGCAAAGAAACCAUCGCAGGCAAGGACAAAAAGUGUUUCAUUCAAAGAAGACGAAGAGGAUGCGUUUGGCUCAGAAAACGAAGAGGAGGAUGCCGAAGAUGACGAAGAAUCGGAAGGAGAAGACCGUGUACGCAAUCUGUUUGCUGCGGAUGAUGAAGAGGGAAGCGAAGACGAAGAAUCAAAGUCGGCACAUCAGCGACGAUUGGAACGUAUUCAGGCUCAAAUCGAACAGUUUGAAGAGGAAAAUAUUGGUCAACGCCAUUGGACAAUGAUUGGUGAAACCUCGGCAAAGAAGCGACCGGUUAACAGCUUGUUGGAAGAAGAUUUGGAGUUUGAUCAAUCAGUGAAGCCGGUCCCGGUCAUUACAGAGGAGACCACCUCCGCUUUAGAAGACAUGAUCAAGAAGCGUAUUGCCGAUAACAUGUUUGAUGAUGUCGAACGCAAAUCGGAUCCCACAUUACGACCAUGGCUUCCUUCCAAACGAGUCAGUCUGGACGAUGAAAAGUCCAAGAAAUCGCUGGCCGAACUGUACGAAGACGAGUAUGUGAAGCAAGUAACGGGUGAUAAAACUCAUGAAAAGGACGAGGCAUUACGGGCGGAACAUGAAUCCAUUAUAUCCAUGUUCAACUCUUUAUGUGAAAAACUCGAUGCCCUCAGCAACUUCCAUUACACACCUAAAGCCGCGAAACCGGAAAUUUCGAUUGUCAGCAAUGCGGCUGCUAUCAGUAUGGAAGAUGUUACACCGGUCAAUGUAUCAGAUGCUACAUUGCUUGCUCCUGAAGAAGUCUACGAUAAGAAACGAGGCGAGGUGAAGAGCACCAGUGAAAUGGACCAGAGCGAACGUAAACGCGCGAGACAAUUAAAGAAGAAGUUGAAGCGAAAGGACAAGGCAAUGAAGGAACAGCAAAUGAAGAUGAUCGAAAAAUUAAACCCUGGUUUGGGUCACAAGCAAGCCAAGACAAAAGCUGUCAAGGAAUUGCUGGGUCAAAAGAAUGUCACGGUCAUUGGCAAAGAUGGCAAGGCCACUUCAGGCGACAAACCCAUUACUUCAUCCGCACUUUUUUAAAUAUUUUUUGAUAUCAUCCUUGAUUUUUAUUAGAUUUUCCUGGCGAUCUUUUAAAGAGACAUGUUUAAACAUUUUGCACAGCUAGAAAGCUUCAUUAAAACUAUGCAUUUUUAUUGGGUUCA